CUUUUGUCAGGUGAGGUUAUGUUAAAUUCGUACACUGUGUAGAUGUAAUAUCUGAAAAAUAACAAUUUAACAACUUUUUUAUUAACGACUGUUAGAAGAUCCAUCUGAUUCUGUUGUUUCAUAAGAUUAUGUAACCUCUAUUUCAUUACUUUUUAAGAUCAAAAACGGAUAUUUAACAUUUAUCGCAUGACAACAGUUGAUCCCUGUAAAAAAUUUGCAUGUAAAUUGCAACAGUGUUUAAAAGACAACGUUUACCAACCAUCACGUUGCGAGUCAGUUAUAGAAGAAAUAAGGCAGUGUUGCAUACAUCAUUCAGCUGUAUCAGUAGUUUGUGAUGGUAUAGAUACUUCAAAACCAUACGAACACAAUACAGUAGAUUAUAAAAAAGCUCAGAAAUAAGUUCAUCAUGUAUUCAGAUCGAUUAAGAGUAAUUAAUUGGAUUGGUACUAUAGCAUUAUCAUGCUAUGCUAUGUGGACAGUGUAUCAACUUGCAUAUAAUGAUCCUCCACGUAAAAACAAAAAGCCUGCCCAUACAUAAAGAAGAUAAUGUUUUACUAUAACCAGUAAUGUACUAACCGAUAGUAAAUAUAUAUAUCAAAUAUAAUAAAUAAUACAAUGUGUUAAUAAAA